CAGGAUCAGUAAUUACCCUUCAACCAUCAGGCUCCUGAACUGGUGUAGGGUAACUUGAAUGAUAAAUUUACUUGAACUUUGGGGGAUGGAUGGGCUUCUUUUCUCAAUGGAUUAGGAUUGUGUUUAGUUUUAAGAUUAAUGAGAAAAAAAUCUGCGUGGGAUUGGGAGAGCAGAAUACAGCUAACUGUUGUAGAAAUACUAAUUGCUAUGGGGCCGGAUUAAGGGAAGACUGUACUGUCAAAAGGGUCAUCGUUCUCAGUGAAACACAGAGCAAGAAGAAUCUUGCCCUGGCUGGUCAGUGGGUCAGCUGUUGGUUCUCAACCAGCUUUAGCAGCCGAAGUGUCAGAGCUCAGACACUGCAUGAUGGCAGGGGACUUCUGACUGAGGAAGAUGUCGUAGCAGUCCUGAAGUUGUCCUUGAUCUCAAAGAUCAAAGUAAAUUUAUUAUCAAAUUACAUGUAUGUCCCCAUAUACUACCCUGAGAUUCAUUUACUUGCAGGCAUUUACUGGGAAAAAGAAAUAUAGAACCAGUGAAAAACUACUCAAAGGACUCCUGUUAAUAAAGGCUUGAACAAGUGCUGAAUAUUGCACCACGGAUUCAAGACUACACAGACCCUCAUUCCGAUGGUCCAAGGCUGUUGGUUAACAACACUGGAGGGAGCCGAGCAGGGACUUUGAACUUGUAUCAUUUCUUGGUUGGAUUUCAGCGGAUGUCCGAGGGGUGAAAGGGCGUGAUGGGAGCCAGUGAAGACGAGCUGAUCGGAAUCCCGUUCCCUGAGCAUAGCAGUGAGCUUCUCAGCAGCCUCAACGAGCAAAGACACAAGGGGCAGCUCUGCGACGUCACCAUCGUGACACAGGGUCUGGAGUACCGCACCCACCGAGCCGUGCUGGCUGCCUGCAGCCGCUACUUCAAGAAGCUCUUCACGUCCAAGCCUUUCAGCGGACAGCGCAACGUCUGCGAGCUGGACUUCGUCAAGCCUGAGGUGCUGGGUGCCCUGCUGGAGUUCGCCUACACCGCCACGCUAACCAUCAGCAGCUCCAAAAUGAGAGACGUGCUGCAGGCCGCCCGCCUACUCGAGAUACAGUGCGUCACCGACGCCUGUGCCGACAUCCUGCGCAGCAAUGGCGGAGGGGAAGAGUGUGAACGGCCGGAGCCUGAGCCGGCCGCUGCCCAGGAAUACCCAGGGCCAGUGGGUUAUGCUGAGGGCCACGGGGACCCUGUUCCCGGCAGCCCUCUUGGACUGGCUGAGGAGCAGGGCAAUGAAGCACUACCCGUAUUCCGGCGGCGGCAGCGCAAGAGGCCAAAGAAGCCCACCCGCAUCUCGCUGGGCCACCGGGGCAGUCUGUACCGCAUUGUCCAGCCCCUGCGGACCACCAAGAGCAACGUGCUGAGGGCCGGCGGUCCGGAGGAGGCGCCGGUCGGGAUGGGCGAGCGCUAUGCGCCGGCACUGGAGGAGGACAUGGAGGAGGUGGCAGAGGAGGAAGAGGAGGAGGAGGACUUGGAGAACGAGGACUUGGAGGGUGCAGGUGGCCGGUUCGGGGCGCCCGACUUCCUGCCAUCCCCUUCCCCAGCGGACCGGAUCACGAGUGGAAUGGACCCGGAGCAGGACUCCACGCCGUACCUGGCCUCGCAGGAUGACGGGCUCUUGGGCAGUGGGCUAAGCUCCCCCGACAAGCUGGUGCGUAGGCGUAAGUCACAGCUGCCCCAGGAGUGCCCCAUCUGCCACAAGGUCAUCCACGGGGCGGGUAAGCUCCCACGACACAUGCGUACCCACACCGGCGAGAAGCCGUUCGCCUGCGAGGUGUGCGGGGUACGAUUCACCAGGAACGACAAGUUGAAGAUCCACAUGCGGAAGCACACGGGUGAGCGCCCCUACAGCUGUAAUUGCUGCGAUGCCCGUUUCCUGCACAGCUACGACCUGAAGAACCACACCAGGCUUCACACCGGCGACCGGCCCUUCGAGUGCAGCCAGUGCCGCAAGGCCUUCGUACGCCUCGAUCACCUGCAGCGCCACCUCAAGGGCCAGAACUGCCUGGAGGUCCGCACCCGGAAGCGUAAGGGAGAGCCGGAGGGCAGCGUUACCGGCGCGAACGGCGCCUUCACCCACGACCACGGAGCCGCGAGGCGGCUGCUGGAAGCGGAUGGCGGCUUGGCGGUGGAGUACGGCGUGGGCAAUGGCAGCCUGCUGAUGGACAGGAGCUUCGACCCCGAGUGGGGCCACGUGAGCACCUCGUGGGAUCAGGAGCCGGCGGCGGAUUCUUCGUAAUCUUGCAGAUCAGAGAUAUAUUUUUAUAAGCGGAAUGCAAGCCCCCCUCACUGCAUCAACACCUCCGCCUCCCCAGCAGCAUAAAAAGAAAUACCCAGGGGGCUGUAACCCGGCAGAGUUCCCCAACGCUCUUAGUCACAGGCACCCACCCUCGCUGCACCUCUCUCCUGUCUCACUUUGGUGCUUAGAGGCAACCAGCCUUUCCUUCUGUUCCAUACGUCCAAAAGGUUCCCUCCCCCAUCCCGCUCAGAUUCCCCCAGCACAAGUUUGGGGGCGACGCACGGUGGGAGAGAAGGAGGGAGACGCUCUUGCCUUAAUGCAGAGCAGCGCAUGACAAAGCCGGAGGGUUAGGACGGAACCCCCAUUUCCCGCUGGAUUCAUCCGGUCCGCUGCUCCCGAUUUCCAGCAUCUGCUGUCUCUUGUGGCUCCUUUAGCGUGGGUGGGGUGGGGCACCGUGGGGACAGGUCCGUCAUUGGAUUUGUUUCUCGGUGCCCUCCCACUUUGCCCGGAAUUAAGUGCGGCCCUGCCCUCUGCAAUAGAUCGUAAAGCAAAAUAGCUAACUAAUUAUGAUGUAAUUGAUCAUUCAAAUAACACAAGUGAAUCCACAAGUCUGUCACCUUGCUGAGCGGUGACUGAAAUAGACAUAGAUUUGAAGGAUUAAUAUAUAUCUAAAUUAUAAAUAUAUAUAUAAAUAUAUUAAAAAUAUAAAUUUUGCAGCCCUAUGCAUGUGUGUGCGCGCGCGUGUGCACAAGUGUGUAUGUCAGCACAUUUUAACAGCGACCUAUUUAAAUUCUGAUCAGGAAUCUUUUAAUCAGUCAGAGGUGUCGGCCUCCUGUAUAUAUGUACCGUUUUAAGUUUGUUUGCUGUGUACUGCUGCAUCUUUUUAAUCUCCUGCUCUCUCUUCAGCUUCCCCUUUCCCCAUGCCUCCUGCCCCCUCUCCAAGGCCAGAACUUUCCUGUCUUUUCCAAGCUGGAUCAUAGCUGGACUCCCCUCCCACCCCCACCCCAACUCCACCCCCCACCGAUGGCGCGACAGACUGUUUACCGACCACUGUGAUAUCGGAUUAGAACCGAGAUUGUUAAUCGCCUCUGAAGGAGUAUCGCCACCCAACAAAGAACUGUCCACGUGCACUUUGGAACUGACCUGUAGGCCAAUGGAUUUGGGAUAGUGCAAUAUUAUCAUAGCACAGAGAAAGACGCUCGAUGGUUGCCAGAGUCGUCCAGUAAAUCCCUUCUCCCUCUCCAUCUGCUUAUACUGCCCUUUCACAGAUUAUUCCUUAACCCCACCAAAUUUGGUUUCCUUUGUGGAGACUAAGUGCUGAAAAUACUCUACAGAUCGGCCAGCGUCUGUGUGGAAAGCACCGUUCCCUCUGAGCUGAGCAGAUGCGUGGCAGCGCAAUAACUGAAAUGCUCCUGCGCACGUAGCCUUUGUUGGUAUUUUGUUUUAUAUAUUGUUUUAUUAAAGUGGCGCACAGUUUUCAGUUUCCUGCUCAGAGCAAUGGUUAGUCCAUGCAGCUGUUAAAAAUAGUAGAGGGAAUGUUGGAAAGAGUAUCAGAGUGAACAUUUCACUUUUGUGUAGGUUUUCAUUUAAUCAAAUAGCUUUAAUUCUGUCUCCUCUGGGACCCAGGACCGAUUCCCUAAGAAUAUCUUGCCGCUCCGUACUCAGGGUAUAGAGGGCAGCACAAUAACGUAGCAGUUACCGCAGUCGCUUUACAGCCCCAGCGAUCAGGGAUCCAUUCCCACGCCCUCUGUAAGGAGGUUAUACAUCCUCUCCGUGACUGUGUAGGUUUCCUCUGGGUGCUCCAGUUUCCUCCCACAUUCCAAAGACGGACGUAGGGUUAGUGAGCUGUAGGCACGCUGCGUUGGCACUGGAAGCUGGGCGGCAUUUGCAGGCUGCCCCCAGCACCUCCUCGGACCGUGUUGGUCAUUGAUGCAAGGUGACACAUUUCAGUGUGUGCUCCAAUGUACCUGUGACAAGUAAAGCUCAUCUUUCAUCUUUAAGUGAGCAAGAGAUGUAAAUUAACGUUUCAGAUUGAGGGUCUGCAUCAGAGCCAGGGAGUACGAGAUUCUGCAGACGCAGGUCUGGUGAAGGGCUUGCCCCAAAAUGUCCACUGUUUAUUCCUCUCCAUUGAUGUUGCCUUACCUACUGAGUUCCUCCAGCACUGUGUGUUUGUGGCACUGGAUUUCCAGCGUCUCCUGUUUCCUCUUCCUGAUUUAGCAUAGAGACGGAGUGGGGGUUCUGCCCCCACUCCUCUUCCUGUCCCGAUGAAGCGUCUCAGCCCAAAACAUCAACUGUUCGAAAAGUUCAAAGUGAAUUUAUCAUCAGAGUUCAGAUAUGUCACCUUAUACAACCCUGAGUUUCAUUUUCUAGUGGGCAUACUCAAUAAGUCUAUAGAACAAUAGCCAUAACGGAAUCAACGAAAGACUGCCCUAGUUGGGUGUGCAACCUCUGUGCAAAACACAACAAAUUGUGUAAAUACAAAAAGAAAGGAAUAACAUUAAUAAAUAAAUAAGCAAUAAAUAUCAAGAACAUGAAAUGAAGAGUCCUUGAAGGUGAGACCAUUGGUUGUGCAAACAUUCCCCUCCA